CGGAAUCAAGCAACAAGAAAAUAGAGGUUAGGGAAGGCAGUACUGGUUGGAACUGGGAGCUACAAAUCCCUCUGCUUCCCCUCGCCAUAAUUUCUGUGCAUCCAGAACUAUAUCUGCAUUUGCUUCAUUUCCUCAGUUCUGAAUUUGGUGUUGUUGAAUUUGAAGUUGAACCCUCAUAUUAAAGGAUGAUGAUGCUAAAGCUAAGGUGCCUGUGAUCGCCUUAAAGGCAAUAAAGUAAACGGUUGAGUUAAAGUUUGAAGUGCCGCUCAAUCUAUGCGCCUAAUUAACAUUUCAUCUUCAAAAAGUUAAAGCUUCCAUUCUUGAGACCGCCCAGAAACCCCUUUUGCUUUUUUUGGGUCUGGAAACUGAUUCUGCUGUACUUAAGGUGUGGCUGUAAGGAAAAGUUUGGUUCUUGGUUCUGGGUAUCAGUCAGAUUGGUGCAGAGAGAAGUAAGAGAGCCAUUCAUGCAUCUUUCACUAUGGAAACCAAUAUCCCACUGUGCAGCUCUGAUUGUGGACAAGAAGAAGAGCAGAAGCAGGAGGAAGGCUGGAUUAGGUUUAAAAGAGGAUGAGAAGAAAAAGCCCUCUAUUCUCCGCCAACUGCAAGAGAACAAACUUAGAGAAGCUCUUGAAGAGGCAUCCGAAGAUGGGUCUCUUGCAAAAUCUCAAGACAUUGAUUCUUUGUCUUUGAAUCAGGAAGGGAACAUUGGAAGAUCAAGGUCGCUUGCUCGACUCCGUACCCAGAAUGAUUUCUUGAACGCCACCUCUCUAGCUGCAGACCGUACUUUUUGCACCGAAGAUUCCAUUCCUGACAUUCCCGAUGCUUUCUCCAAGUUCCUCACCAUGUAUCCCAAGUUCCAAUCCACAGAAAAGAUUGACCAGCUUAGAAUGGAGGAAUAUGGGCAUCUCACCGAGUCUUCUGCUAAGGUAUGUCUUGAUUACUGCGGCUUUGGGCUGUUCUCUUAUACUCAAAUUCAAGAGCAGUGGGAUACACCAGCAUUUACUUUGUCUGAAAUAACUGCUAACUUGAGUAAUCAUGCUCUUUACGGAGGUGCAGAGUGUGGUACUGUUGAACAUGAUAUAAAGACUAGAAUUUUUGACCAUUUGAACAUCCCUGCAAACGAGUAUGGCCUUGUUUUUACUGUUAGUAGAGGAUCUGCAUUUAAAUUGCUUGCUGAAUCUUACUCUUUUCAAAUGAAUAAGAAGUUGUUGACCAUGUUUGAUCAUGAGAGCCAAUCUGUAAUUUGGAUGGCUCAGUGUGCUAAGGAGAAAGGUGCUAAAGUCUACAAUGCUUGGUUCAAAUGGCCAUCCCUGAAACUCUGCUCUAAGGAGCUGAGAAAGAAAAUUUCAAGCAAGAAGAAGAGGAAAAAAGGGCAUGCAAAUGGCCUUUUUGUGUUUCCUGUUCAGUCUAGAGUCACUGGUGCAAAGUAUUCUUACCAGUGGAUGGCUCUUGCUCAACAAAACAAUUGGCAUGUACUGCUUGAUGCUGGGUCUUUAGGUCCAAAAGACAUGGAUUCACUUGGUUUGUCCUUAUUUAGGCCAGACUUUAUUAUUACAUCUUUCUAUAGAGUGUUUGGUCAUGAUCCAACAGGUUUUGGAUGCCUAUUAAUCAAGAAAUCUGUGAUGGGAAGCCUCCAAGGUCAGUGUGGGCAUACUGGGUCUGGAAUGGUGAGGAUACUCCCAGUUUAUCCUCAGUACCUGAGUGAUUCUGUGGAUGGACUUGAUUUUACAGUUGAAAUUGAAGAUGAAGCAGCCAAUGAAAAUGAAAAAUCAUUGCAUGAAAAACAUGGGGGAUCACAAAUGCCUGCCUUUUCUGGUGUUUUUACUCUGAACGAGGUCAGGGAUGUUUUUGAGACUGAGAUGGAUCAUGAUAAUAAUAGCUCAGACAGGGAUGGGGCAAGCACCAUUUUUGAGGAAGCUGAGACCCUUUCUGUUGGUGAUCUUAUGAAAAGUCCAAUUUUCAGUGAGGAUGAAUCAUCAGAUAAUUCUUACUGGAUAGAUUUGGGUCAGAGUCCAAUUGGUUCUGAUUAUUCAGGCCAGUUGAACAAGCAGAAAACAGGUUCUCCCUUAACACGGUCAUGGUUUUCUGGGAAGAGGAACAAUCAGCACCUGUCUCCAAAAUUGAAGUCAAGAAUACCCAAGAGCCCAAUGUAUGAAGACAGCAAGAUCAACCUGACAUCUCAAGAUCCUGUGUUAUCUUUUGAUGCAGCUGUGUUAUCUGUGUCACAGGAGCUUGAUCUUGUAAAGGAGAUUCCUGAAGAACAGCCAACCGAAACAGACUUUGCCUCAGGAAAUGGUGAAAAAUCUACAGAUUCUUACCACCCUACAGAGAUUCAUGAAGAAUCCUCUAUCACAGAUGAGUCAGUGCUAGCUGAUUCUAAGUUGACUCCUAAGCUAAAUGGACUCAGACCUAAAUAUGAAAUUUCUGAUAAUUUGUCAGCUUCUGAAGUUCAACAAGAAAAGAAAGAAAGUGCUAUAAGGAGGGAGACGGAGGGCGAGUUUAGGCUGUUGGGAAGGAGGGAAAGGAGCAGGUUUGCUGGUGGUAGAUUUUUUGGUUUAGAUGAGGAAGAUCAAGUUGCCAGCAUGGAUCGCAGAGUAUCUUUUAGCAUGGAAUAUAGUCGCAAAGAUGACUUGACUCACUUGGAGCCUGGAGAAAUAUCAUUGACUACCAUGGGUGAUGACGAGUCCAGCAUUAGUGGAGAAUAUGAUGAUGCACAGGAAUGGGAAAGGAAGGAGCCUGAGAUAAUUUGUCGGCAUCUUGAUCACAUUAACAUGUUGGGCCUCAACAAAACGACCCUCAGACUCCGGUACCUGAUCAAUUGGCUUGUUACCUCAUUACUUCAACUCCGGCUACCCAGUUCAGAUGAAGGCAAGGGAAUGCAUCUUGUUCAAAUAUAUGGCCCUAAGAUCAAAUAUGAAAGAGGUGCAGCUGUAGCCUUUAAUGUGCGAGAAAGCGGUGGAGGAAGGCUAAUCCACCCAGAACUUGUUCAGCAGCUAGCCGAGAAAAAUGGUAUUUCUCUUGGUAUUGGUAUACUCAGUCAUGUAAGGGUUGUGGACAGCUCAAAGCAGCAGUGCCGAGCACUUGAGCUUGAAGAUUCUGCCUUGUGUCAGCCAAUGAAUAGUUGUCAAGAUGCAAAAAGUAUGUUCUUCCGAGUUAAGGUUGUCACAGCAUCACUUGGUUUUCUGAGCAACUUUGAGGAUGUCUAUAGGACUUGGGCUUUUGUGGCCAAGUUUCUCAAUCCAUCAUUCUUUGAAGUAGAUAAUUUAUCUACAAUUCCAGAAGGUUCAGAAACGUAGGCUUGGAAUGCUUGAGUGAAGGCUUCUUUCUUGUUAAAGGGAAUGUGUAAAAGCAAGAAAUGGUUCUUGCAACUUUCACUGAAGCAAAUAUUGUUGAGAUUCAAAGGUACGGUCUUGUGUGGUCUGUUUAUUUUCCUCUUCCCUUAGAGUCAUUCCCUUAGAGUCAUUCCUUGUGAGAAGAUGAUUUCUUUUUAUCAUUCUUCUUCAAAGUAUUUUCUGUAUUAGUCAUGUAGAGUUUACUGUUAUAUCAUACAUCUGUCACUUUUUAAGUUACUUUGUCAUCCAAAACAGAAUUGAAAUGGUGUGAAGAUUGAAAAGUAUGAAGUUGACAUUUGGAGCAUUUUGUCUAUUUUCUUCAUAUUAUCAGCUCUAAACAUCUAUUAAGAGUAAAUAUUAACCACCAGA